AGCACGGGGCGCGGCAGAGCGCGCGGGCCAUGGGGGGCAGCCUACGGGUGGCCGUGCUGGGCGCCCCGGGUGUGGGCAAGACGGCCAUCAUCCGCCAGUUCCUGUUCGGUGACUAUCCCGAGCGCCACCAGCCCACAGACAGACCGCGCCUCUACCGUCCUGCGGUGCUGCUCGAUGGCGCCGUCUACGACCUGAGCAUCCGCGACGGUGACGGCGCUGGCCCGGGUCAGAGCCCCAGGGUUCUAGAGGAGUGGCCGGACCAUAAGGACUGGAGCUUGCAGGACACAGACGCCUUCGUUCUGGUCUACGACAUCUGCAGCCCAGACAGCUUUGACUACGUGAAGGCGCUGCGGCAGCGCAUCGCGGAGACCAGGCCGGCGGGCGCACCCGAGGCACCCAUUCUCGUGGUAGGCAACAAGCGGGACCGGCAGCGGCUGCGCUUCGGGCCUCGGCGCGCACUGGCCGCCUUGGUGCGCAGGGGCUGGCGCUGUGGCUACCUCGAGUGUUCUGCUAAGUAUAAUUGGCACGUGCUGCGUCUCUUCCGCGAGCUGCUGCGCUGUGCUCUGGUUCGCGCGCGUCCUGCGCACCCAGCCCUGCGCCUGCAGGGGGCGUUGCAUCCAGCACGCUGCAUCCUCAUGUGACAGAAUUGGACAAGGAAGCCGUUGGGAUAACUGGGCAGUUUGACUGGAACCACCAGGGACCUGGAUUGGACAAGCUUGCCCAGCUUCUCUCAGAUUGGACAAGAUAGUCUCCUCAUUCGAUGAGCAACAUUCCUACUCAAUUUCCUGGGCGACAGAACUCUCUUUGAAUCUUGUUGGACCCAACCAUGUCCUUAGCCCCAUUGGACAAGGUCAGUCCUUCCUGGAACUUCAGAGUCAUGACCCUAUUGGGCGGAACAGACUUGACUAUGAAUCUAAUUGGGAUCUCUCAGACUGCUCCUGGAGCUUCAUUGGACAAACUCUUUUUAAGUCACACCUCUCGGGAGGUAAUAAAGGAGGAAAACAA